AUGUGAAAUUGAAUCAGCGUGAAUAUUUUUUUGGAUGUUUGAGAUAAAGGAAUUGAAGUUUGUGUUGUUUUAUGUUUCAAAUUGCAUAAAACGAUAUUUAAAGACCUAUAUUUAUUUUUUAAAGAUUGUAAGAAUCACUGUGUCUUUACUUUGUAAUAGUUCUAAUUUUAUGUAUUACAUUUGGUUUGUUUUAAGCGUUAUCGUAGCAGACGCCAUGCCGGUUCCGGUGCAUUGAGUGCAGCAAACAGAAUGGCAGCUAACACAAUUCUCGUAGAUUUCUCAGUCAGUCGGGCAGCUAUUACGGACUCAGGCCAGAAGAAGGGCCUGAAGAACGGCAUCAGGACGGUGCUGUCGGCGUACCUGCCCGGCCUCAAGAACAAGUACAGCGACGAGCUGGAGGACGGCAGCUUCGUGGAGCUGCUGCAGGGGGACGAGGGCGUGCUGGUGUCCCUGCGAGGCUACGCCCAGGGGCUGGUCACCUGCAGCAUCGAGUACUUCAAGCGGGACGGCGACAAGCCCGUGCUCACCUACGAGUCGAUUCGUAAGCUUGAAACGGAAUUGGGUGAAAAACUUGGGAGUGCAAGAACCCAUGCAUUGCCAUGUCUGACCCGUGGAGGUUUAAUUUACAAAUAUUUUCCUUCCGCAGAUGAGCGCAUAUUGGAGUAUGACAUUGAUAAAGUGGUGUUUGAAGAGAAGUCUCCGUUCCAGAAGGUCUUGAUUGUUCAUUCUCGUAGUUUGGGGAACAUGCUGGUGCUGGACGAUUUGCAAAACAUCUCGGAGAGCGACCUGGUGUACACGGAGAUGCUGAUGCAGCGAGGGAAGGAGUGCUACGAGGGGAAGGAGGUGGUGAUCCUGGGAGGGGGCGACGGGGCGCUGCUUUGGGAGCUGCUCAAGGAGAAGCCCAAGUUCGUCACCAUGUUGGAGAUAGACGAGGUGGUGAUCCGGGCGUGUCGCAAGCACCUGCGUAGCUGCUGUGGCACCUGCCUCGACACGUACAAGGGAGACAACUACGAAAUCAUCAUCGGAGACUGCGUUGAAGUCUUGAAGAAAUUCAUUGCGGAAGGACGGAAAUUUGACUAUGUUUUUGGUGAUUUGACCGAUAUUCCAAUCUCUACCUCUCCGCAAGGUGAAUUGUGGGACUUCAUAAGACUGAUAUUGAAUUCCUCUGUAGCAGUGUUGAAGCCAAAUGGAAAAUACAUGACGCACGGGAAUGGAGCGUCGUGCCCGGAGUCCCUGCGCAUGUACGAGGACCAGUUGACGAAGCUCGACACCAAAGUGGAGUUCUCGCGCAGCCGUGCCUUCGUCCCGUCCUUCAUGGAGGAGUGGGUCUUCUACCAAGUGUGGAAGAAGGACAACUAGCAUCUCGCUUCUCCUGGGCUCUCCAUCUCGGUCGCUUGCCAACUGACGCUAGCCGUGACGCCGGUUCUCUUUUCCCUGUGCGGUAUGCGACCAUCGGUCGUGGUGACGACAUCACGGUCGGGAUGUCGCAGUGUUGGAACUUCAAGGCUGUGUGUUUCCAGGAAGGAUUCGUAGCAUGAAGUAUGGUUGCUGGCACUCGUCCUCUUUUGUAGUUUUUCCUUUAGUAUUGUUUUGUUAUUCUUUCUAGUGACUUGCAGUUACCAUAACAUGCUGUGUUUCUCUUGCCGAAAGUAUUUUGAUGUGGGAGAGCUUCUAGGUAUAAUGUAUAUACCGAGCAUUAGUGUUAUGAAAAAAUUUUCGGCAGUUGUAGUAUGUAGUGCACGACGGCGGAAUUCCAGGUGAGAAUCUUGAGAAAUGUUGCAAAGUUUAUAGUGUUACCUAAGAAAAAUUUACACUUCACAUUGAGGAAAAUGUUGUAAAAUGAUGGAUAGUACUAUAGGAAUGUUAUUGUAUUACUGUUCAUAGUUAGUGCUGUGGUAGUAAAGGUGGGUUUACGAUUGAAAAUUAAGAAUUAAGACUUAAGACUUAGUCGUGUACUUGCCAUAUGACUCUAUGUAAACUAGUGAGAUGGUUUAUGAUUGUCGUGUGUGAGUUUUGACGGGUCGUGUGCGAACCAUAUGAUGACUUAAAACUUAACAGACAUGGUUAUAUUUUAUAUUUUUCGUUAAGACUUAAGGGAAGCGACCAAUCACAACAAACCGGAACCUUUCAACCGGAAGUUAUGUCUUAUUAUUGGACCGAGCGAGACAGUAUUUUGGGUUAGAAUUCAUAUAUUUGUCAUUUGUAAUCAUCAUCCAUUUCGAAAAAUAGAUAUCCCAUUUGUCAAUAACCUAUUUCAAACCUGCUGCUCCGUUUCGAACAAUGACCGACCAUGUGUUUUGUGUUGUGAUUGGUUAGAAUUAACGACUUCUAUGUCAAUCAUAAACUGGAAAAUGUAGUUUUGACUUAAUCGUGUGCUCGAUGUUAAGUUAUAAUUCUUAAGGAAAUCAAUCGUAAACCCAGCUUAAUAGCAUUGUAGCACUGUACAUAUUGGGCUUAUUUCAAAUGCCAUAUGGCCGAUUUUUUUUUCUUUUCCAAUUUUAGAAAUUAAUUUGCUUUUGCCAAAUCGAAAAAAAAAAAUCAUCAAAUCAUUGUUUUAUUCUUGUAAUUGAAAAUUUUUUAUAAUUUAUAUACAUUAAUUUGUAGGAGACUUCAAACUGAGUUUUCAGUUUGUUAGAAUGUAAUAACAUAAAUAUAUAAGAAUCAAUUUCUAAUUUAUUUAAACUGUUAUCAGUUUAGCUUUUAUCCUAAAUAAUUUUAAAAGUUGAUAAAAGCCUAUGCAUCAAAUUAAAUUUUUUUGUGCUAUAAGACUCUGACACCGUUAAGAUUUUUAAAGUGUAGAAUGAUAGAUACUGGAGGAGCAUUACUUAAAAUAGGCUUGGUUAUGGUUGGAUUAUUAUAUUAUGCUUAUAUUCUACAAGAAAAAAAAUUCUAUGUAAUUCUGUUAAGUUAAUAAUUUGUAAUAUACUGUAUUUACUCGCAUAAUCGUCACACUAAUUUUACCAAAUUUUAUGAAAAAAAAAAGUGAGGUGCGACCAAUAUGUGAGGAAAAAUUUAAAAAAAAAAAAUUUUAAGUAAAAUUUUUUAGUAAAUCGCUUGUAAAUGCUAAAUUAAAGAAGUUAAUAUCUAGGUACAUGGUACCUAUACGUAAUAUUUAUUUACAAUACGCACAAAAUAAACAAAACAACUUUUGGUUACAAGAAGUUUGGCAAAAUAAAAAUAUAGUAUAAACACAAAAUUGCGAAAAAAUCAAUAAACAAAAUACAUUUAUAAAACACAUUCAGUCUCAACACUCACCAAGUUUAUCUAUUUAUUGUCUGAACUAGAUUCUGAUGCAUCAGAUUCAUUUGCCGAGACGUCAAUGUCAUCUUAGUCGCCGCUGUCGUCACGUGUUAUUCAAGUUGUCUGUUUGUUUUCGCCAGUCACGAACAAGUUUUUCACUCACUGAAAAUUCUCUUCCAUGCUCUUCUGCAAAUGCGAUUACGCGCAACUUGAAACUGGCAGUAUACGAAUUGUAUUUACCCAUAUUUUUACAAAAUGAACUUUCUCAAACUCUGCUAUUACUGGUACUUUCCAUUCCAAUGCAAACGAGAUAAAACAAUGCCAUCACAGCAUCUUAUCUUCCACACACAUUCCUUCCUCCCACACGGCCAAUUAGGACAUGCCGCUCAAGGUUGGACCAAUGAUGAGCGCCACACGCCACGUGAAAGCAGGCUGUUCCAUUGUGUUUACGGCUGUUCCAUUCGUGCGUCGCGCCUCGCGCCUCAGUCGCCGUCAAUAAAUAAGGGUGCGACGAUUAUGAGGAGAAUCUUAAAUACCAAAUUCAUUACCUCAAACAAUAGGUGCGACGAUUAAGCGAUGGCGACGAUUAUUCGAGUAAAUACGGUAAGUUUUUCCUCUUGCAAUCACAUACAUUAAGAAAAUAAUAACAGUGACAAGUUUUAAAAAAUUUUUCUGCUGUGCAGAGUGUUUUGCUAAGUUCUAUACAUUACAUAUGUAUUUAAAAAAAAAAAAACAGGAGUUGCUUUUGGGUUCUGGGCGAAGUAUGGUUGCAAAGCUGAAACGUAAGGGGGGGUUGCAGGAUGUGCAGCACCGCCGAUCGCUGGUGCUGCCCCCGAGGUGCUUCUGUGAUCGUCGGACUUGUUCGUUGUGGCGAUCGUGUUCUCUUCUUUGUGCUCCUUCCCAUUCCCUCACGCAUGCGCACCUUUUCUUAGGGUGGUUUGUUGCGGGUUGCCUUGGAGAUUACUAGCAGUUAUGUCAGUGAUGCAAGGACCGAUCAUGGGUGCAUGUAAGUAUGCAGUAUCUGAUGUGACUUGGUUAGUUUAUAUUUUGUUUUGGCUGCCACUUGCAAAAUUUUUGUUUGAAAUUUUUUUUUUUGUGACCUUUUGAAUUGUUUGAACGUACCACAGCACCAUGAUCAGAUCCUGUGCAGCACUUGUCGAGACUUUUCCCCAAUCUGGUCUUUAUGGGUUUUUUCACUCUUUGUUAGCAGUUCGCGAGUAAUGCCGUGCUCAUGGGUUUUUUGAUUAAGCAUUUUGAAUAAUGCUGUUCUAUCGUUUUAAGUCCCUUUGAGUCUCAAAUGAAAAUACCUACCUUCUACAAGUUAUAUUUUUUGUUGAAACAUUUACAAAUUGUUUUCAAUCCAUGUUUAUCAUUUUGUUUUUUAUCCACAUUAAACUGUGGAUGAAUAGUUAACACAGUAUAUGUGGAACUAGCAUGAAACUGGAAUAUUGCCCAGCAAGGAGGUAGCACCUGCCCUUGAGACACCCCUGUAAACACACCCUCAGCCUUUGUAGGUGAUAGUGAACCAAGGAUGCAUUUUCUUACACAGAGGAACUUCAUUAUAACAUGACAGCUGUGCUGUGUACAUUUGUUAUAAUUAUAUAAUAAUGUCUACUUCCACGAUUAAAUAGAGUUAGAAACAAUCAUUGAAGUUUCAGAAUGAUCUGAUAUUUUCAUCUAGUGGCUAGGUGUAUCUUCGAUUUUGCAUAGCUACGCUAAACUUAACAUAUUUUUUUGAAACAAUUAUAUAUGUGCAUUUUAUGUGUCAUGUUGUCCACAGUGAAUAAUGGGCAUCAUAAAAUGACAUCCUUAUCAAAUUGUCUCAUGUUCAUAGUUAUUUUAUUGAAAGAAUGAUUGUUUUCUCAAGCCAUUGUUUUUUAAUGUUUUUUGUACUUGGUUUAUGUAGUUUUGUUUAAAGAAAAUCGGUGUUAGAAUUCCCAGUAGCUAGUCUGGUGAUGCAUUUCUAAGUGUGUUGAUAACAGUAUACCAUUUAGCACCUUUUUAAAAAAUUUUGUCUGUAAAGAGUUAUCCUGAUGUCUUUAUCCAGUUUUUAUAUUUGCCCUAUUAAACUACAGUAUUAACAAAAAGAAAUAACCUGUAUGUUUUCUCUUUCAAUAAACAUAAUAAAUUUCAGCACUUUUACCCACUCAAAAAGUGUUGACAUUUCUAUUUGCACAAUAUUCACAUUUUUAAAGUGUCAACUGUUUAGAAGUAUUACUUUUAGAUAACUCAAAUUCUGUUUUUAUUAUAAUGAUAUGUUUUAUUAUGAAGAUUUGUUCAUUGUUAUAUAUUUUUUUGCUACCUUUUGAGUCUCAGGCAUAAUUAUUAACUUGUAGCAAGUUUCUCCUACGUGUGAAACUGUGACUUUAGUUUAUUUUGUCAUCACAAGUUUUGCAGCAACAAUUUGUAUUUCAGUUGUGUGUAUGUUCAGGUGUAAUUGGUUUGUAUGUACCUUUCAAAGUUGUAUAAAUCACAUUAGAAAUUUGUAAAAGAAUUUUAGUUUUUGCAUGUUACAAUAACUAACAUAGUGUUCUUCAUAAGUUUGCCAAGUAUUGUGUGGAGGAAGUAUGUUAUAUUGCAUCUCAUCUUCAUAUUCCAGUGUGCAUUUAAAUGGGCAUUUACUUCCUCUUUCCAAUGCACAAUCUUUGCCAUUAGCUCUGUCCUUGUCUCGGUGUGCUCUGUUGCCAGGUGAACACGAUAGAGCACAAAACUUUUUAAUGUAAUGAAAAUUUAGUUAAUGUAUUGAAAGAAUUGCAUUUUGCAAGGUAACAUUUUGGAAUGAGAAUUGUGGUUAUACAUUUCCCUGUUGUUUUAUCAAGAGCAUUAUCUGAUAAUUUCUAAUUUUUAUUUAUUAGGAGAUGUAGGUAAUUGAAAUAUGCUAUCUUGGUUUCAGCUGUUUUUGUUAACAUUUUGUUCAUUUAAUUUAAUUUUAAGAAGUUUGGCUCUUUUUAGCUUGGCACAUACUUUCAUGGAAUGUCUUGUUAUUAAUAGUGACUUAACUGUUACAAAUAGUAGUUUCUCCUGUGAAAUAAUUAUCAUUGUUUAGCAUUUAAUAAUUUUUUUGGUCAAAAUGACUACAACUGUAAUAAUACUGUCAGUAGACACUUCUAUGGCCUUAGAAAAAUCAUGAAAUAGUAUAAUUAAAUUAAAACUUAUUAUAAUUUACAAUGGUAUACAAAAUAAGACUUAAUUUUAACAACAUGGGGUAGUAUCAGUAUGGCAACACUGUUCGCUGUUCACUCUUGUACUGCAAUCUAAGCCUAAAACAGUAGACAGCAUCGAUCACAAGGCCUUGUGCUUAAGGGCUCGGUUUAAGGUCACAGUUGUGAUUGUCUCGUGAGAGCGCUGGUAGUCGUGUUUGGUAGAAGACUUGUUAUCGCAGGUAUGUCAUCUUCCCCAGCGCCACGCUUUAUGGUGAAAGGGCGUGUCUACGUGGCGUUGCCAUGCGUUACCUGACGGAUGCUUGCACACAGCAGCCCGCAAGACGCGCAUUCGUCAAUCUGUUAAUAUAUGCUACUG